AAGCCACAGAAGGCAGGCUGUGAUACCCGUGGUCAAGGGGCUCGGGCGCAUUCAUGUCUUUCUUCGGGCUCGAAACGAACAAUCCUAUCGAGGAGGAGAAGCGGCGGUUCCUGUCAGGCGAGACGAGGGCUGACGAAGAUAUCGCAGUCUACAAUUGGGGUCAGGAUGACUACGAUGGACUUGGCCAUGCACUCCAGGAAGGCGGAGACGAACUGAAUGACGAGACCUUCGGCGGCACUGGACCCGUCGGCAAGGACUUCGACUUCACUGCACAUGCGCUUCCGGAUCUAGAGCGCCGUCCAAAGCAGGAUUCUGUCACAACUGCUGGUCUAACACACAUCCAUGAAUCACACAUGCAGACGCAGUUGCCAGCCGAGGUAUCAAAGUCAUCUCAGCAAGCGCGCCCCACGCACACGUCCCGCGAGUCCAUCUGGGAUGACAAGUCCCCGUUCUCCGUUCUGCGCACGUCAAGCAGCAUUGGACGCAGGGCUGGUUCCGUCCUUAGUCACCAAGCGUCAACGAGCAUUUCUGGGACACGUCCUUCCGCAAGUAAUGCUGUCCGUCAACAAACGCAGUCACCAGCGCUUGUUCAGCAAUAUCCGUCAGCCGCUAAUGUGCCACAGAACCAAACACGGACGGAUGGGAUGGUUGACUACUCCGCCCCGGGUACGCGCAGUCUCGCAGAGAUCGAAGCAGAAAUGCGUGCACAGACCCAGCGAGCUCGUGAGAUAAAGCUCCAGGAACAACAGCUUUUGCUUCAACAGCAACAACAGCUACUUCAGCAACAAUUACAGCAACAGCAACAGCUCAUGAAGCCGCCGCGUAUGCGUUCACAAUCACCGUCUGUACACCAGAGGUUGCCUCACAAUGCUCCGCAAGCCAGCUAUCAGGCGUCGCAGUCCAGAUUCGACGCUUAUCCACAGCAGGCAUUUCUGGUGCAAGAGGCUGAAAGUGUGCGUAACCAAGAGCCUCAGCGUGGUUAUCACAAGGACCCUGCACUUAUGCAUAUGGAGGGUCGGAAACGCACGCAUACGCCCAUCGACACAGUUGAGUUCAUGCAUCAAAGGACCGCUGAGCGUGAGCGCGGCCUUCAGCAAGGUAUGACACAUAGCAGAGCACCAUCUCAGCAGUACCAGCAACAGCAACGUUUCACUGGAGAAUUUGACUAUCAAGAGCAAGAAAGUCGUCAAAGGCUUCUUUCUGCACCAACAAAUGUUGAUGAGUUGCGACGGCAGAUCAUAGCUGAUCAACAGCGACAAGCACAACUAGCAGCAGCAGGACUCCUUGAGCAGCGGCGUGAUUCACCGAUGGACCAACUUCAACAGAUGCGUCUGGCCAUGGUAAAUGAGAUGGUCAAUAAAGCACGCGGUGAGGGUAGCCCGAACAUACUCGGCACAACAGCAACAGACGCAGCGCAAAUGCAACUACAGCAGCGUAUGCUUGCCCAGCUCGCUCAACAAGAGUUCUUACAAAAUAUUGCCGGCAUGAACGGCGUUAACGGACAAUCUCUGCCUCAGGGUAUGGUGCAAGUGUCCGAUGCUCAGAGGGAACAGCUCCGCGUGGAGGCAAUGCGGAAAAUUAUGGAGGCUGAAAAACAAGAAGGUAAACGGCGACGGAAAGCCGCGAAAAUCGCACAUAUGAGCCGCUACAACGACCUCAUGACGCAAUCCGACAAGGAUUUCAUCACACGCAUUCAAGUUUCGCAGCUCGUCACCUCCGACCCGUACACAGAGGACUUCUAUGCUCAGGUCUACGGCUCACUCAUGCGUAGUCGUAUGGGCAUUGACGUAACGGAAGAGCGAGUCCUGAAAUUCGGUUCUGGUGAGGGCGUCGGACUCGGGUUGAACCAACGCGGCGGAAAUCGUCGACCAAACGCUAUGCAGCGCAUGGAAGCCCAGGUCGAACGCAUCGUAAAUAAUGCUAGGCAGAGGGAAAAGGAGAAAGGCUUGCACGCGAUACAUAGCCUUCAGGGUGCCUUAGGAAAGACCGCUGGUCGGAGCUACAAGGCUGCCCCUCGUCAGCUACUCCAAGUCGACACCAAUGGGACGACAGAUCCGAAUGCUGCGCAUGGACAUAUCUCCAAGGACGAUUCAAAGCAACAUGCAGCAGGUGCUGCUAAGGAAGCUGCAAAACGAGGUCGUGAAGCUCUUGGUGUCCAAGCUGAUCCUACAGGAACUGUGCAAAAGGACCCACUCACGCGCAGAGAAUGUCUUAUUAUCCUUGAGAGUCUCUAUGACAGUCAGCUGAAAAUUGAGCAAUUGCGCCGUGAGCAACCUGCGCCUGAUGACCAAUUUCAUGUGGUAGAAUGGGAGGCGUCAUAUAGAGCCGAGACAGGACGUCUUUGGGACAACCUUCGCGUCAUGGUGCCCCUCGAGACGAGCAAUCCUCACCCUUUUAUCUCACUGCUUAUGCCUGCAAAGGGCAAGAAACUCCUCCCACGUCUCGCACGGCAUCUCAACACACAGCAACUUCUUCAAGUCAUCUGUUUACUAGUUGCAUGUUUUUCGCAGCUCGAUGUCGUUAAGAACGCUGCAGUCCUCGACGUCCAGGAAGACUCUUCAGAACGCCGAGAGGUUGAUAGACAAACGCAGUUGUUCUUGUCGACUGUGUUACAGUCUAUUUUGCCUGUGGUCGCCAAGUUCAAAUUGGGCGUUGUGGUUGGUAUGAUGGGUCUUCUUAUGGAGCACUGUGAUAUGGGGCUUGUCAUUCACUCGAGACCCGGUCAAGCUCUCCUUACCGCUUUUCUGAGUCGCGCGGAAGAGAUCAAGUCCGAGAUGAUGGCAGGAUCUAUUGACCCAUCCGAGAUUCCGACAGAAGAGGACCUGCAAUCAUGGCAAGGCGUCGUCGUCCACCUCUACCACAUUUUCGGUCCCUUCCUCCUCUCUCUCUUCCCCUCAUCCCGAAUCCCAACACUCCGCACAUCAGCAGGAGUCCUAACAGUCGACGCAGACCUCCUCGACCAACCAGUCUGGAAGUUCCUCGCAACCUUCGCCCUUCAUGCAGACAACGAGCAGCAACAAGUCCUCGUCUCCACACUCCGCGAAAAGAUCCUCGACAACGUUCUCGCAGUCAACAAGGGAUUCAUCACCGACGAGGCAGAGCAGAACCUCAAAAUCACCAACGUGAAUAUAUUUUUACACGCGUUGGGUUUGGAUAGCUCGCAGAUCACUGUUUAAUAAUUGGGUGUUUCUUUUAAUAGCAACUGUUUUCUUUUUCUCUUUCUUUUGUCUUCUUUUUCUUUACAUCUGCCUCGCCCUGCUUUGUAUCUGUCCUAAUGAAAAGUUGUUUUCCCUUCUCGUUUUGUUUCAAC